CGAACAGCCGCGUGCGCUGGGGGGGGCCCGAGCCGCUGAGUCCUGCUCCUGGAACGGGAUCCCCAUGGGCAAGGCUCUGUGUCCAUGCAAGGUGCUGUCGAGCUUGCAGCGACCGCUUGUUCCCAUGCAUGAAGAUGUCCUUGGUGGACCUGGGGAAGAGGCUGCUGGAGGCAGCUCGCAGAGGGGAAGAUGACGAAGUGAGGAAGCUGAUGGCGAGCGGUGCUCCCUUCACCACCGACUGGCUCGGGACGUCCCCUCUGCACCUCGCUGCCCAGCACGGCCACUACUCCACAGCAGAAGUCCUCCUUCGAGCCGGUGUGAGCAGAGAUGCCCGAACAAAAGUGGACCGGACGCCGCUGCACAUGGCUGCGGCCGAUGGGCACACUCACAUCGUGGAGCUGCUCAUUAAGAAUGGGGCUGAUGUGAACGCCAAAGACAUGCUGAAAAUGACUGCUUUGCACUGGGCGACAGAGCACGACCACCGCGACAUCGUGGAGCUGCUGCUGAGGCACGGAGCUGACGUCCACGCUUUCAGCAAGUUUGAUAAAUCACCUUUCGAUAUUGCUCUGGACAAGAACAAUCCAGAGACGCUGGUGAUGCUACAGGAAGCGAUGCAGAGCCAGGGAAACACUCACCCAGAGAGACCGAACCCCAUCGGCAGCACUGUGACCCUCACCUCACCGCUCCUGCUUACACCAGGGGAGGUUCUUGAUCUCACUGGGCUCGUCUCUUCCGCAAGUGCCAAAACCACCUCAGGUGAUUGCCACGGCUCCACGCUGCCCUUUGCCAACUCAACCUCAGUGCUGGCCACGCUCGCAGCCCUCGCUGAGGCGUCCGCUCCGCUCUGCAGCUCGGACAGCGGCACAGGUAAGACAGAGGAGCCAGGGGAAGGAAAUGCCGUUGAUCCUGCCCUACAAGAAGUGGUUGGCAGCGGAGGGCAGCGCUUCAUCGCCAUUGUGUCAGACAGCAUUUCCCUGGAGAGCCUGCAGACAGCCCUCCCCAGCAGCGGGCUCAGCCAGCCCCUCAUCCUGAGCAUGCAGCACGGGCAGCAAGUGUUAGCUGUACCUGCGGGUCAGGUUGCAGAAGAGCAAGAGGCUGCUCUGGAAGGCAGAGGCUGUGCAGAAGAGGAGGAGCAGCCGGUGGCCAAGAAGCAGAAAGUGGAACAAAGCGCCUGUGACUCAGGAGAAGGCAAGGACAGCGUUGCAAGGGAAGUGCUCCAGCAGCAGCUGCAGGAGGCGAACCGGAAGGCUCAGGAAUAUCGCAGCCAGCUCCUGAAGAAGGAGCAGGAGGCCGAGGAGUUCAGGCUGAGGCUGGCAGCCAUGGGCAGGCAGGAGCCCAGCCCGGCCGGGCAGGCAGUGCUCGGACAGGUCACAGGGGCUGAGCCACCGGUGGUGACCUCAGAGGACAUCAAGGGAUCCGUGUUGGCCGUGCUGGGAACAGCUCAGAUGAGUGAUGGUGCUGUGGAAGCUGCAACCUCCUAA